AUGGAAUCAAGCCCCGGAUUACAGGUCCAGGAACAAGAGACCACGGAAGGCGACACGUUCGAGCGGGGUUUAGCUAUCGUCGCUAGGCAGGAUGGCAGGAUAACGGAUCAACCGAUCGAGCACACUCCCAAGGCCUUUGAGAAGCCUACACGAAUCGAGGACAAAACUAUGAGAGCGAUCGAUGCCGAACGGAUUCGAUCGACGUUCGCAACGGUCGGUGAUGGAGAAACGGGGCACACCCUUAUCAAUCGGAGCGUUUCAAGGCGGAAGAUGGGCAGUUCGGCCACCUGA